AUGGCUGGACUUUUCCGAAGGGUAUAUGAUUGGUUAUUGCGGGUUUUUUGGGCGAUGGAGAUGGAAGUCACAUUGGUCGGGCUGCAAAAUGCCGGAAAGACUUCGCUGCUGCGCGUGUUGGCGGGCGGCGAAUUUACCCUCGACUCCAUUCCCACUGUCGGAUUCAACAUGAAGCGUGUCCAACGGGGCCACGUUUCGCUAAAGUGCUGGGACAUCGGUGGUCAGCCGCGGUUUCGAUCGAUGUGGGAGAGGUAUUGUCGGGGCGUCAACGCCAUUGUCUUUAUCGUAGACAUUGCCGACGUAGCGCUGAUCCCACAAGCCAAAGAUGAACUCCACUCGCUCAUGGGCUAUCCGUCGCUAGGCGGGAUCCCGCUCCUUGUCCUGGGCAACAAGUCUGACCUGCCGCAGAAGCUGUCUGUGGACGAGCUGAUUGACGAGCUGGACCUGAAGAGCAUCCAGGGGCGCGAGGUGUGCUGCUACGGCAUCAGCGCCAAGGAGGAGACGAACCUGGAUGCCGUGGUGCAGUUUCUGGUGAAGUGGGCCGGGCGUUGA